GCAUCGGAAGUGUGCUCGGGAGCUGAAACGCCGGUGGUAUUCGCUGCUUAGUUGUGUGCGUGAAGAAAUAAACAUGUCUAACCCAAGCCCAGCGAACAGGCCUUCCAACCCUGCUAACCCCAGGGUGUUUAUCGACGUGGAGGUGGGAGGAGAACAUGUUGGCCGUGUCGUUGUGGAAUUGUUUGCUGAUAUUGUUCCAAAGACUGCAGAGAAUUUCCGGGCCCUGUGUACUGGAGAGAAAGGAUUGGGACCGACAACUGGAAAACCUCUUCAUUUAAAAGGAUGCCCUUUUCAUAGAAUCAUCAAGAAAUUCAUGAUCCAAGGAGGAGAUUUCUCAAACCAAGAUGGAACCGGUGGCGAAAGUAUAUACGGAGAGAAAUUUGAAGAUGAAAGCUUUCAUUAUAAGCAUGACAGGGAAUUUUUGCUUAGUAUGGCCAAUGCUGGUCCAAAUACCAAUGGCUCACAAUUCUUCAUCACGACUGUGCCUACCCCUCAUUUGGAUGGGAAGCAUGUGGUGUUUGGCCAGGUUCUGAAAGGCUUUGGCAUUGUUAAAAUGUUGGAAAACAUUGAAGCGAAGGGAGAAAAACCUGUCAAGCCGUGUGUGAUUGCAGACUGUGGGGAACUGAAAGAGGGGGAUGAUUGGGUGAUACCACCAUUAGAUGGAUCCGGCGAUGUUCAUCCUGACUUCCCAGAGGACUCAGAUGUAGAAUUAAAUGAUGUCGAGAAAAUUGUCUCCAUAGCUGAAGAUGUUAAGAAUAUUGGAAAUAAUUUAUUUAAAUCUCAAAACUGGGAGACGGCAACCAAGAAGUACAACAAGGCUCUAAGAUAUGUAGAAAGCUGCAAAGACGUGACAGGCGAUGACAAUAUAUUAAAGUUGAAUCCUAUAGCUGUGAGCUGUAACCUGAACAUUGCAGCAUGUAAACUCAAGAUAUGUGAUUUCAGAGCUGCAAUCGAGAGCUGCCAUGAGGCUCUGGAAAUUGAUCCAUCCAAUACCAAGGCACUUUACAGACGAGCUCAAGGCUGGCAAGGCUUGAAAGAUUAUGAACAGGCACUGGAGGACCUUAAAAAAGCUCACAAUUUAGCACCUGAUGACAAAGCGAUCAGCAGUGAAAUCCUUCGGGUUAAACACAGGAUUAAAGAACAGAAAGAAAAAGAGAAGGCAGUCUAUGCAAAAAUGUUUGCAUAAAUUCUCCUGUUUAAGUUAAAAUAGGCAUGCAAUUCCUGAAACGUACAGAAGACAGUAUUUACAAGGACCUCAGUUGUCUGAUAACAAACCAAAAUAACUCGGUUCUCCAACACAUUUGGUUUAAUUCAUACAGCCUUCUACCCCCAGUGUUUACGGUUUUUAAUUCUCUUGUUCUUGGCACAGCAUGAACUAUGCAAAGGAGUGAUGUGCAGUGUGGCCUUUUAUUUUGUGUCAUCCACCCCCCGUCCAUUGAGUUUUCUGUAUGUCUGCAACAUUGGAGAUGGUAAUGCUAUUUGGUGUCCGAUUGUUAAUUGGAUUUAUUUCCACCUGAGGGAAACCUGUAAUAUCUUACUCAUAUUUCUUUUGUAUACGCAAGAAAAUCUUUACUGUCCUACCCAUUAAAGACUGUUAAUGCUUUAA